AUGAGCCUCGCAACAAUAAUCGAUGCCACUACAAAAACUGCUCCUGUUUUCUUCGGUGUUGGCAAGAUCACUAUUAUCCCAACACUGAUUACCGCGCUUGUAUACUUCAAUUACGAUCUCAUAAAUCCGGAGAAUUAUCCACGCGUGACAAAGGAAUUGAAGAAAAGUUACGAUUUUGUCGUAAUCGGUGGCGGUUCGGCCGGUAACGUGGUUGUUAAUAGGUUGACCGAAAAUCCCAAGUGGGACGUUCUGCUGCUUGAAGCUGGGGGCCACGAAACCGAAAUAACUGAUGUGCCGAUACUAUCUCUACACUUGCACAAAACUAAACUUGAUUGGCAAUAUCGCCCGCAACCGCAAGAGACGGCUUGCCAAGCUAUGGUCGAUCAUCGAUGUUGCUGGACUAGAGGCAAGGUGCUUGGUGGGUCUAGUGUUUUAAAUACGAUGUUAUACAUUCGCGGCAAUCAUCGCGAUUUUGAUCAAUGGCGCGAUUUCGGGAAUCCUGGUUGGGGUUAUGAAGAUGUUCUCCCAUAUUUCAAAAAAUCGCAGGAUCAAAGAAAUCCAUAUUUGGCACGCAAUACAAGGUAUCAUAGUACAGGAGGAUAUCUAACCGUACAGGAGAGUCCUUAUACUAGUCCAUUGGGUGUGGCGUUUCUGCAAGCUGGUGAAGAAAUGGGUUAUGAUAUUAAAGACAUCAAUGGUAAACAACAAACAGGUUUUUCGUUGCUCCAGUUUACAAUGCGUCGGAACUCCAGGUGUAGCACUGCCAAAGCAUUCAUACGACCCAUUCAGCUAAGAAAGAAUUUCCAUCUCUCUUUGUGGAGCCACGUAAUUCGAGUACUAAUAGAUCCGCAAAGCAAAAAAGCAUAUGGAGUAGAAUUCAUUAGAGACGGUCGUAAGGAGGUGGUAUUUGCAAAGAAGGAAGUGAUUCUUUCCGCUGGCGCUAUCGGUAGUCCACAUUUAUUAAUGCUUUCGGGUGUAGGACCACGUAUUCAUCUGGAGCAACUGGAAAUUCCCAUAAUUCAAAACUUGCCUGGAGUCGGACAGAAUCUGCAAGACCACAUCGCAAUAGGUGGGCUCGUUUUUCCGAUUGACUAUGAGGUCGGCAUUGUAAUGAAUCGAAUGGUAACCGCCAACUCGGCAUUGAAAUACGCCAUCACUAAAGAUGGCCCAUUGACGUCCAGUAUCGGUCUCGAAGCGGUCGGCUUUAUUUCUACCAAAUAUGCCAAUCAGACUGACGACUGGCCCGAUAUCCAGUUCAUGAUAACAUCUUCGGGGAUUAGCUCCGCUGGUAGUCAUGCAAAAGAUGCUCAUGGUUUAACUGACGAAUUUUACAAUGAAGUGUUUGGUAAAGUCAACAAUCGUGAUGUCUUUGGUGUAUUUCCAAUGAUCCUCAGGCCUAAGUCGCGUGGCUACAUGAGACUGAAAUCCAAAAAUCCCUUGGAUUAUCCUCUACUCUAUCAUAAUUAUCUCACGCACCCUGAAGAUGUGACUGUACUUCGCGAAGGUGUCAAAGCGGCAAUUGCCUUCGGCGAAACGCGCACUAUGAAGAAAUUUGGUUCCAGAUUUCAUAGCAAACCAAUACCUCAUUGCAAGAACAUUCCACUUUACACUGAUGAAUACUGGACGUGUAUUCUAAAGGUGUACACUUUAUCUAUAUAUCAUAUGAGCUGUAGUGCUAAGAUGGGCCCGGCCAGUGAUCCUAUGGCGGUCGUAGAUCCGGAACUCAAAGUUUAUGGAAUCGAGGGUCUACGGGUUAUCGACGCAUCAAUUAUGCCAACUAUUACCAGCGGCAACAUAAAUGCUCCCGUAAUCAUGAUAGGCGAAAAAGGUGCCGAUUUAAUAAAGGCAACGUGGAUAGGAAUGUCCUAUUCUAAAGGAAACAAUAUCACUGUCACUGCUUCUUAUUGAUAUAUAA